UAUUAGUCCAACGUUUAAAUGAGGAUUAUAACAAACAGGUUCUGAACAGAACCUCUUUGUGUUGGUUGACAUUAGCGACACUUUGUGGUAAAACUGUGAAGGUGCACCACUGCGCCUUGGCGAGGUUGGAGGCUCGGAAGUGAAGCACAGCGCCAUCUUAGCGGAUGGCUAUUUUGGUGAAGACCAUGUCCUCCGGCGAGUGAAACAAUAUAUCCCCCUCAGUUUGAAGCCAACGGUCAACGUGACACCGCUCAGCCAAACCAGCCGGAUGCAGAGUAAAAAAUCUGGUAGGAAGUGGACCACCGCAAAGGAAGCGUGUUGUUGCACGUUGCAGAGAAAAUGUUAGCUGGCGAUAGAUAAAUUUGAGGGGACAUUUUGUUUGGGAAAGGUCUCGGCACAGAGCAACGGGUCUUCCCGGUGAACAGAAUGCUUCUGUGGCUAGCAGGCACUUGACUGGUUUGCUGCUAGCUAAAUUUAGCAUCUCCAACUCCUGAACCGGACUAUUUUCUUCCCAUUGAAACCUCAUUUUUAAAGACAAAUACCGGGCAAUGGAUUUUCCCGGCCACUUUGAGCAGAUCUUCCAGCAGCUCAACUAUCAGCGGAUCCAUGGCCAGCUGUGCGAUUGUGUCAUUGUGGUGGGCAGCCGACACUUUAAGGCUCACCGCUCGGUGCUGGCGGCCUGCAGCACCCACUUCAGAGCACUGUUCACUGUUGCGGAGGGAGACGCCAGCAUGAACAUGAUCCAGCUGGACAGCGAGGUGGUGACGUCAGAAGCUUUCGCUGCUCUGGUGGACAUGAUGUACACGUCGACACUGAUGCUGGGGGAGAGCAAUGUCAUGGAUAUUCUUCUUGCUGCUUCGCACCUGCACCUGAACAAUGUGGUGAAAGCCUGCAAACACUACCUGACCACACGGACGCUGCCCCUGUCCCCCUCGUCAGACAGGCCCUCCCAUCACCACCCUCAACAGGAGCAGCAGAGACACAGGCAGCAGCAGCAGCAGGUGGGGGAUUUGGGAGCUAACGCUAACCUCACAGCUUCAGCUGCGACGUCCAAGCUGCAGCGCUCCUUCUUGCUGCAGCAGCUUGGACUCAGCCUGGUGAGCUCUGCUCUGGGAGGCAUGGAGGAAGAUGGCGUGGGCAGCAGAGGGGUCGAUCAGAGAGCCUCUUUCCCCAUGCGGCGCUUCCACAAACGCAAACCUCCUCUAGGGAUGGGGCUUUCAGAGGAAAGACCCAGACAGAGGCAGCGGCCCUCGGCCCCCAACCGGGGUCUGUUGGUAGAGAGUGGGGUUAACGCGGAGAGAGAGGACGGAGCGCUUCUGUCACCUGACUCCCACAAGAUGGGAGAUGAAUCCAAGCUAGACGGUGCGAUCACAGGGAUAGUGUCAACGCCUCAGGAUGACCCCCAGAUGCCGAGUCAGUCAGACAGCGGGCACUGUGAGGAAGAGAGGAUGCAGGGAAGGGUGGGCAAGGAGGAGGACAUCAGUGAUCAUGACCAUCAGGAUGAUGAAAGAGUUGGGGUGAAGAUGAAGUCAGGAACAGGGGAUGAAGAGACUGAAGAGGAGGAGCAGAAGGUGGUCGUCAAGCGUGAGCCGCUAAGUUCGCCGGAGCCAGCGGACGAAAACAGCGACGUGACAUCGCAGGCAGAAGGCAGCGACCCGGCCGAGCCCGGGUGUCGGGAGGAAGAGGAGAAGGUGGAGCUGAGCCCAGAGAGCAGCGACCGCAGCUUUACCUCUGACCCCCAGCCCAGCUCGCAGCUGCUGCUCAAGAGCAGCAUGGCCGGAGGAGCCGGCGUCUCUGCAGGCUAUGGCUGCAGUACCGCUCUGAAAAGCAAACCCGGUUUUAGCAUCCCCAGCUUCCUUGGACCGAAGGAUUUCAGGAGUGGCAGGUCGGGGUUGGUGGCUGGAGAAGAUGGUCUUCCCAACACGACGACUGGAGGCGCACAUCACUUCCUUCUGAGACAGGAAACGGCCACGCCUUCGGGCUCUGCCUCGUCCUCUGCUCUGCAGUCUGGAACACUCGGCGCUGAGAGCAGAAACAGUUUCGGAGAUAACCUGCAGCCGGACUCUCUGUUCCUCCGACCACUGCAUGACAGUUUAGGAAACAGUAGAGCCAGUGGAGGGGGAGCCGGCGGGGGACGGGGAGGUGUAGAUCCCUUCGCCUUGGACUUCCAGCGGUCCAGUCUGGGCUUUCACUCACUGGGCCGCCCCUCAACCGGAGCAGGAGGAGCAACUGCAAACAGUCUGGGUUAUCCAAGCUACAGGCGCAUCGCUCCAAAAAUGACUCCAGGGAUGGGCGGAGAAGAAGCUGUAGCAGGGAUUCUUCAGGAUGCCUCUUCCUCCUCCUCCUCCUCCAGCCUGGCCGGUCCUCUGCUCCUUAACGAAAGCGGCGGGUAUGAGAUGAACAGCGGACGGCCCACCUCCCUCCCACCACAGCUCACACGGGCGUCGGCCGACGUCCUGUCGAAAUGCAAGAAGGCGCUGUCAGAGCACAACGUCCUGGUGGUGGAAGGGGCUCGGAAAUAUGCUUGCAAGAUCUGCUGCAAAACUUUUCUCACUCUGACUGACUGCAAGAAACACAUCCGAGUCCACACGGGAGAGAAGCCCUACGCGUGUCUGAAGUGUGGGAAACGUUUCAGCCAAUCCUCGCACCUGUACAAGCAUUCCAAGACCACAUGUCUGCGUUGGCAGAACAGUAACAUGUCCAGCGCGCUGCUCUAGAACGACUUCAGGGGUUGCAGGGGGGGAAUAAGCCGUUGCAAUCAGCGACGGGCUCAGUUUUAAUUCAUAUAGUCUCACUUAUUUUUUUGUCAGGAUUGUUGGAUCAUAUCAUUUGCUUUUUUCUAAUAAAUCAGUCCUGAUAUCUGACCAAACAUAAGGAUGAUUUUGUUAUCAUAUAUAUUGUUUCUGCUCUUCUAGCUCUCAACUUGUUUUUAAGGCUUUAUUCUUAAAAAAAAAAAAAUAUAUAUAUAUAUAUAUAAAUAGGUUUGAUUCAUGGCACAUUGCUGUGCAUACUCUCCUGUAUAAAUAUCAGGAGAGUAUGAUAAAAAUGUCUUUUUUCGUAGGUUUAGAUAUCAGAACUUAAAACGCGUUAAAACUAUUUGGUUUAAAAAUAAUUUGGUCUGCUCUGAUGUUUCCAAGAUUUUAAGGAGGACUUUGAUUUACAGCCUUCACCUCUGAUCAACUCUUCCCACACUCUAAGUCCAUACUUACUGAGUCUUGUCGCAUGUACAGCGGUCUGUAGCCUUCCAUACAGCAGCCUGCAAAGACUUUAUACCUCCUGAACCUUUUACAUCUUGUAAAUCUACAACCACUAUCCUUACUUUAUUGGGAUUUUGUGUGGUUAGAAACAAAGAAGUCAUAUUUGUGAAACAGAAGUUAAAUAACUUUUUUAACACGUUUUACUAGUGAAAGUCUUUGUUGCGUGCAUUAAUAUAAGUUAAGCAUUGUUCAGGUUUUUGUUUUGUCACUGUUUUGUCAUAGUGAUAUUUAUGAAGUGCAGAACUAAUUGUUGUACAGUCAAAAGCUUGACCGAUCUGAACUGUUGAAUCAGCACCGACCUCCAGUUCCCUUUGUUUCCAUUUGCAGAUGAUGGAUUGAACAGAGCUCUAAGAUGUCUAAAGCUUCGGAUAUCGUUUUAUGACCAAACUGCUUUAAACUUCUCCACAGAUUUCUCCCUGACCGGUUUUCUAUAUUUGGUCAUGAUUUUAUUGCUUCACUAAUGUUCUCUAACAAAACCUCUGAAGCCUUCACAGAACAGCAGCUGCAUUUAUCUGGACAUUAAGUUACACCCAGAUGAACCCUAUUUAAUAAUUAGAUAAAUUCAGAAGGCAAAUUGGCUGCACUGCAUUUAUUUAGGAGUAUCAAAAUAAAGCGCACUGAAUAAAAAUGCACCUCACAUGUCAAAGUUUAUCACCACUUGGUGUUAAUUAGUCACAUAAAUCCCAAUAAGCACGUUGAAGUUUUGUGGCUCUAAGGUUUAAAUGUUGGAAUCUUCAAGGGGUAUGAAUACUUUUUGAAAGCGCUGUAGACUUUGGAGAAAGUACAUGUGCUCUGUGUGCCAGAUAUUUAUGUGUGAACAUGAAGGUGGAAUAUAUGAAAGAGCUAAAUUUACUUGUUGAAAGUUUCAACAACAGGAGAAAACUGUACAGUCAACAGCUAAUAUGAGUGGAUUUUAGCGGCUCACUUACAAGAACAGUGGCUGUUAAAGCAUUUCUACUUGAUUAUCUCUUGAUAAUCGCUAAUUGAUUAUGUAGUCAUAUCCAUUCCCAAAACUGAGUUAAUACCCAACUUUUCUUUUAGAUUUAAAGAUUGUUUUGCUUUUACUAGGAUUUGCAGUUCAGUGUCAAUCAUUGAUUUGUUUGAGAAACUGAAAACUUUACAUUUCUCUCUGUCAAGUCUCAGCAGUUUGUGUUGGACAGAUUUACUUCAGAGCAAAGUUACAUUGUAAAACAAGUACUAACUAAUAUAAAGUAUUAGUGGUGCCAUUUUUAUGAGUUUCUCUGGAAACCCCACUGUAAAUAGAUUAUUUUAGUGUAAAAAAAAUUCCCACUUUAUUUAUAUUGUUGUUUAUGACUAAUGUACAAAAGUUGAGCUGACAUCCCAAAAAAAAAAAAAAGCAUCACUGCAUGAUGCUGUGAUGUAAUGCUGUAUUUACUGAUUUAAAUGUUUUUUUUUUGUUUGUUUGUUUGUUUGUUUUUUUGGAUUGGAAUUUAUUGCAUCUUUUCAUGGAUACUUUGGAAAAGAAGUACAUUUCUCACAAAUCAUCUCAAAUCAUUCACAUGAUAUCUCUGUUACUGUACUAGAAGUCAUUUUUUAAAAACACUCCUCUCUUUUUUCAGUUCUUGAAACGUAAUCAAAGAGCUUAGACAAAUCAAUCAAGUCUUUGUUAUGUAUAACUAAUAUGUUUUCUGGAUUGCUAAGAUGUGCAUAAUUUAUUGAUCCAACUUGUCCGAAUCUAUUGUGAGGCAGUUAGGGGUCGGUAUGACGUUCUCAUGGUAUAAAUAUUUUCAGUAGAAAAACAGUUUCAAGGUUUCAACUCCACCCAGCUCAUUUCUGUACAGCUGUAGCUGUAAAAUAAUGUUACCUUAAUCAGAGUGAUGUAGAUUUCACGCAUUCUCUAUUUUCUUUUUUUUUUUAAGGUUUUUAUGUAAUAACUGGAGUUAUUUAGAUUAUUUAAUAACAGCUGACUGUGUUUUCCGUGUAGGCCAGGACAAAGUGUUGCCGUCUUCUUUCAGCCAGCUGAUCAGCAGUGCUCUACAGCAGCCAGAGAAAACUCUGCUCACUUCAACACUUUCUUUCUUUCUGAGUUUGCGUCAUAGAAACUAUAAGUUAGAGGGGAAAAAAAGAUUUGUGGAUACGUUGCCACUGUUUAAAGCCUCAGUCUACCUCGUUAACAGGAAACCGCUCCAUCGCUGCGUUUAUGCUCGGCGUCAUAACCAAACGUUCGGCCUCACGUUGUUUUUUUGAGUUUUGGGGAUUUUCCAGCAGGCAGGCAAUUAUACAGGUUGUCAACUCAUCCACAAAAGUUAAGUUAGUGAAGUACUAUUUCACAGUUAAUAUUUUGGAAACAAGUAUAUUUCUUCAUUAAUUUUUUUUUUUUUAAACAUUUGCAUCCAACGUGCUUAGAUCUAAUACUUUAUAUUUACUGUCAUUUACAAUUUAAAAGAAACAAACUUGCUGAGAAGAACUAUCUGACUAUCAUAGAUUGAUUUAUGUCAGUUUGGCUUCUUCUGUUGGUUUUACAUAAGAGUGAUGUCAUUGGACUAGACUGUUUAUUGUACAGUUCUGUUUUAGUGAAUUAAAAAAACAAAAACAAACAUGUCUGUCUGUCUAUAUUCUUAAUCACUGGAUGUGUUGUGACUUUGGUCAUUGACUUUAAACUGGUCGGCAUCUUUUAAUAAAGUCGUUACACUGUCAGCUUGUACAGUUAAACAUUUUUAUUUAAUUUCAUGAGGCAUAUUGGCACCUUGUUACAGAAGAAAAACCUUGUUUUAAAAAAUGACGUUAACACAAAUUGUCAGAUUAAAUGUUCCUGAGAUAUAAUCCAGUGGUGACGUUGCUGUUUGGUGUGUCCGUUUAAAGUGGCAAGUGAUGGUUAAAUGUAUGAUGUAACUCAGUCACAUUCUUGGGAAAAAACUGUGUUCUUGUGAGAAAUAAAGAGGUGAUGAAGUGAAGAUCUCCCUCUAAACUACUUUCACUUGUUAUUAAUCCUACUGGCGUUUUUUCCCCCCCUAGCAGUUGAAUUAAUGGUUCAUAACCUUUCAAAAUAAAGCACCUACUGUACUUCCUCUAGUUUUAAUAUUGCAAAUUUGUGAAUUAGACUUUAGUAAAAUGCCGUACGCUCUCCAGCUUUAAAAGGCUGAGUAAUUGUUUGUUUUCCUAAAAGUGAAAACAUUUAUUUUUAUUUGCUGUUACCAUAAAAUGGUAAAAUCAUUGUCUCUGGUGUGUGAGAAGGUUGUAAAAUAUGUUGGAUUUGUUGUACAGACUGAAUAAAACAAUGGAGCUCUGUUGG